AUGAUGGCUUUGGUUUGGCAAGGGGUGCUGCUCGCCGUCCUGGUAGCUGCCAUGUCAGUUAAUGCAGACAUGCAAGUGGACUGCAGGCCUGAUUAUAUGACGCUGGUGUGGAGAGAGAGCAGAAACCAGGUGGACCCCACGCUCUUUCGUCUCGGUAACUGUAUUCCCACCAGCUUCUCAGGCAGGGAGACGGUUUUCACUGUCGGCUUCAACGACUGUAACUUCAGGAGACUGGUCACUGGGGAUCAGCUAAUAUACAGCAAUGACCUGAUGCAUAUCUCCUCUCCGGACUCCAACGAACUCCCCUUCACUCUACCAGUUGUGUGUUCAUAUCAGAGGCCUAAAGACUGGUACAACCCCACCUAUGUCCCUGAGUUUAAUACAUAUGGUGAAGGAGAGAUGGUUUUUCAUAUUGGACUAAUGAAUGAGGAUUUCUCAGGCCCUGCUGAAUCCACCAGUUUCCCUCUGGGCUCUUUCAUACCCAUCAUGGCGAGUGUGGAGCUCAACUUCCAUCAGCCCUUGCUGCUGCUUCUCGAUGAAUGUGUUGCUGCUGCCACACCAGAGCUGAAUCCUGGAAGUCAUUUAUACCCAAUAAUCACAAAUAAGGGAUGUCUUGUGGACAGCAAGACAUCCGGUUCAAGAUUCGAACCAAGGCAAAAUUCAUCUGAGAUCCACCUGUCCCUUCAAGCCUUUAGGUUUGCCAUGGGAAAAGAGGUGUAUUUGCACUGCGAACUUGUGGCUUGGGAUCCUGUUGGGCUUGACCACACAAAGAAGGCCUGCAACUACGUACAAAAUCACGGCUGGGAGCUUGUGGAUAACCCUGCAUAUAGCAACCUGUGUGACUGCUGUGACUCAACCUGCAAGUCCAGGAGGAUGAGGAGUACAGCCUCGGGGAAGCUUGGGGUGGUGAAGAAAGCCGUCCUCGGGCCGUUCACAAUCACGGAGAACCCCUGA